AUAAGUACAUUAGUCAGUGGGAUAUUUGAUGAGAGAUAGUUGUGAGAGUUCGAAUUUAUUUUCUUUUGAAAACAUUUUAGGAUUUUAUUUCUUUAGGAAUUUAACUUUUGAUAUUUUGUGUACGCAAUAUUACUAAGAUAUUAUGCCACCCCCAAGACCGAGGGGAGUGGGAUAUAAUACAGGAGUCGCAACAUCAAGGCCCAGCCCGAAUACACCGAUGUCUGAAAGACAGCAAAUGGCACUGCUUAUUCAGAUGACGGCAAACUCGACGACAGGUAAUUUAUAUAUUUUAAUAAUCGGAUUAAAUAUAAAAAAAAAAAUUGCAGAGGCCUCUAGAACGCACAUCAAAAAGAAUGAGCAUAAAAAAGGUGAUGAUGUUGAAGAUGUUAACUCCACAGAAAAGCAUGAUCAUUCAGAGACCAGCCGCGACAAAUUAACCACUGAUGAGGGUCAUACCGAAAACAAAAUUGAACAUGAUGGUGUUGGCAGCGCAGAUACACCUUCGUCCAGUCAGAGUAAACGUCAUUUCUCAGAUAUAGAUGAGGAGGAAUUUGAGGAAUGUGAUGAAGGCAAGAAAAAGAAACGAAAAGAGGUAGAUGGUGGAAAAGAUGCAAAAACCACAACAACUACACGUCUUCCAGGACGUAUGGAAAAGGUUAUCAAGCAAACAUCAGCGUCUAAAAGUUCGCCGAAUCCAAAUAAAAAUGCAAACUCCACAGAAAAAGAUCAGACUGAAUUGGCAAAGUCUGGUUUCGGCAAACAAUUUGAAACAGAGGGUGAUGAUGAAGAAUUUAAAAUGUCUGAAUCCUUAUACAGUGGCGGUUUAAAGGUGCCGCCACUAAAAAUUGUAAUCCCACAACAGAACUGCUCCAUUGACACGGAUGGAAAUGUAUCACGUACAGGCAAAAUCAACACAUCUCGUAAUGCAGCGCUACCAUAUGUUGUCAGCUCGAAUACGAAUGAUUCCAACGAACGUGAAGCGCAAUGCGGCAGUCCUCAUGAAAGUCCCAUAAAAAUAAAUAACUUACAAUGCAAUAUUAUAGAUGAGAAAAAUUUGAAGCUAUUGAACGAGGAGAAGAAUUUACAUCGUGUGCUACGUAGUUCUCAUCGCAGUGGUAUUACUAGUACCGAACGUAGCUCUAAUAAUUCCUCACCUCAAAUGCAAAGCAGUUCACCAUCGCCAGCAUCAUCGAACGCCAAUGAGGGCAUUACAGAUAAUAAACUUACAUUUACCAAUGUUGGCGCAAGCCCUCUACAACAUAAUCACACAUAUGAAAAUGAGAAUAUUGUUAAUUUACCAAGCCCAUCCACCUCGUCGACAUCGUCAUCGAAAGACGUACAUUCGCACGGUGUAGAAUUACAUCCACGCAAGCGAAAAAUACGCACAAAACACGAUGAUAAUCACAAUAAUAAAAACAAUGGAAAUCAAAAUACAAAUACAGAAGCUAACGCUUCAAUGUCUGAUACACAUUCGCAUGAUAUGCCAUUUACAAAUUGUUUCCAAAUGUAUCUUAGAAUACGCCGGCAAAUUGAGAAAAAGUGGCAAAAUAUGUACCCGAUCAAACCAAGACCGCCGCAGGGUUAUAAUGAGUAUUUGCUAAAUAAAAAAAAUUAUCUGCUUGCAAGUAAUGAGAAAAAAAUGGAAUUCGUGACACCGUCUAAUAUUCCACCGAAGAUGCAAGAAAUAUAUCGCUUGCAAGAAAAUGAACGCAAAGCUCUGCUACAGCGUCACAUUGUGGAGCGUGAAAAAUUAUGCUUGAAUGUGGAACAGGAAAUGAUACGGGUUCACUCGAAGGCAGCGCGCAAUAUUUCAUGUCAGCCAGUGCCGUAUUCGGUGUGUACUCUUCUCAAAGACGAAGAAGUAUACAAUAUACCAACAUCGGAGCAGGAUGAAAAAGAUAAAAACGCACGUUACCGUUUCAAUGGUCGACAACUACUAAGUUGGCUGCAAGAUGUCGAUGAUAAGUGGGACAAAAUCAAGGAAGCCAUGGUUUUACGUCAUCAUAACGAAGCGGAAAGUCUGCAUGCUGUACAGAUGAUGGAUUGGGAUAUUGCUUUGAAAAAACAUAAAUUAUGGGAUUAUAAAUGUGAAACUGCCGUUGAUAAAGAUCAUGUACCUAUUGUACAUGUCAGCGAUGACUUUGAUCUUUUACCAGCUUAAAUUUAUCAAUAAAAAAGUGAUUAAAUAUAUAAUUAUAUAUAUGUAUUCAUGUAUAUAGAUACAUAACUUUCCCUUAAAGUUAAGGUCUAAUCGUGAUUUCAGCACUGAACUAUAUGCACUUAAAAUAUAUAUAAAAAUGCUUAAUAAAGCACCAAAUGUUAAAAACGUAUUUUAAAAUUGGAUUAUAAUAAAAAAAAACUAAACAAAAAUAUAGAACAUGAA